GGGAGCAUGGGGGAUUGUGGUUAUAUUGGUAAAGGGGCCUGGAAAUAAAGCUUUCAUGAGAGCAUACUUGGAGGAUUCUGGGUAGUUUCUGCUGGUAAGAAGAUGGGGUAGAGCAGGGCCCUUGUGAGAAUUCUCUAUUAUCAAAUUCUACUGUCAUUGGAUCAUUUCAAAUAACGAGCUGCUUUAUGUAGGCACUGAUCUACCCUCUGCCUUUAACAGCACAGCCUGGAAAGGGGAUGCUGAGAUCAGCCAAGCAGGAACUCAACCUCCGUGCUCCCCUUGCAUUAUUCUGGCCAUCAAUGUGAACUGCUCAGCCCAUUGUUGUUAAGGAGGGAUCGAGGGGAGAAAAGUUAUCUCCCAGCUUCUGCCACUUCUCCUGCAGUCAAUCCAUCGCCUCCUUUCUCAGCCUCAGCUCAUGCACCGUCCCUGAGUCUGCCCAUCUGGCUCCCUCCUCUGGGCAUGUUGUGUCCCCCAGCACAAACGCUGCCUGUGCCUCCCCUUGAUUCCCCCCCCCCCCCCGCGCUAGGAAAGGCGGUUCUGAGGGCAAGGAUGCCUAGGUAGGGCAGCCCCCCUUCAGGCGAGGCUACUGAGCAUGCUUGGCAAUAGCCCGGUACCAAAUCCGGCUGCUUGCAACCCAGAGCCGAGCUGCGGCGCCACAGCCCCAGCGCGUGGCAGCGCUACCACCGCAGCCCGUUCGUGUGCCGUGCCUGCCUGGUAACAGCCAACGCCGCUCCCAGCUACCCCUCCCCCUGCAAGUCCCCCCUCCCCCCAGCUGCUGCUUCCAGCUGGGCAGGCUCCAGAUGUUUGGUUUAACAACUGAAAGAACCUCUUGCGUUCAGCCGAUUCAUUCCCGGGCUGCAGCCUCCUUCCCACCGCUGCAAGCCCCUUCUUGAAUUCCUCUGCACGUUGCUGCUGCUGGGGCAGAUGGAAAUUUCUGUGCAAGCGCCUUUCAGCAGCGGCAAUAACAAGCACCGAUAAAUUACACCCCCCAUCCAUCCCAGUUUGGGGGUGAUUGUAUUACUGGAGGAGGUGCGGUUACUCCUCCUAGCAGGGGGAGAGGGGGUAAGUUGUUUUCGCCUCUGCAGUUAUUUACAACGUCACCGUUUGGCGUACACCAUCCGCUUGGAGCUGAAGAGACCAAAGUUACAAGGCUGGGAGCGCCCGCGCCUCCGGAGAGUCCCGCACAGGCGAAGCUCGGCCACCCCCCGGGGAGCCGGUGUGGCGUGAACCCGCCUGCAGCUGCUUAUGCAACACAUCAUCGAUAACCACCCGGACAUGGCUACUGCUCUGCUGGCGGGCGAGAAGCUGAAGGAGCUGAUCCUGCCCGGGCAGCAGGACGACAAGGCCGGUUCGCUGGCGGCGCUGCUGCUGCAGCUCAAGCUAGAGCUGCCCUUCGACCGCGUGGUCACCAUCGGCACCGUCCUCAUCCCCAUUCUGCUCGUCACCCUGGUCUUCACCAAGAACUUCGCCGAGGAGCCAAUAUACUGUUACACACCCCACAACUUCACCCGUGACCAAGCCUUGUAUGCCAGAGGAUAUUGUUGGACAGAACUAAUAGAUGCCUUGCCAGGAGUUGAUGCCAGCCAUUGGCCCUCCUUGUUUGAGCAUAAGUUCCUUCCUUAUGCACUGCUGGCUUUUGCUGGCAUAAUGUACAUUCCAGCUCUUGGCUGGGAGUUUCUGGCCUCCACCAGACUGACUUCUGAGCUUAAUUUUUUGCUUCAGGAGAUUGAUAACUGCUACCACCGUGCAGCAGAAGGGCGUGCACCAAAAAUAGAGAAACAAAUACAAUCCAAAGGCCCUGGGAUCACAGAGCGGGAGAAAAGAGAAAUAAUUGAGAAUGCAGAAAAGGAAAAAAGCCCUGAGCAGAAUUUGUUUGAAAAAUACCUGGAAAGAAGAGGGCGAAGUAACUUUUUAGCUAAACUUUAUCUUGCAAGACAUUUAUUUAUCAUAUUUUUAAGCAUUAUACCAAUUACAUAUUUAUCCACCUACUAUGCUACGCAGAAGCAAAAUGAGUUUACGUGUGCACUAGGAGAGCCUCCUGACAAAACGAGCAGCUCCAAAUUACACAUCAGGGUGAACUGCAAGCUGCCAGCUGUCCAGCUGCAACGGAUAAUUGCUGGAGUAGACAUUGUCCUCCUCUGCUUUAUGAACUUGAUCAUUCUCAUCAACUUAGUUCACCUUUUCAUAUUCCGCAAGUCUAAUUUCAUAUUUGAUAAACUGAACAAGGUUGGAAUAAAGACCAAGAAACAGUGGCAAAAGUCUCAGUUUUGUGACAUCAAUAUUUUAGCUAUGUUUUGCAAUGAAAAUCGGGACCAUAUAAAAUCCCUGAACCGCUUGGAUUUUAUAACAAAUGAAAGUGAUCUGAUGUAUGAUAAUGUGGUGCGCCAGUUGCUGGCAGCGCUGGCCCAGUCUAAUCAUGAUGUCACACCAACGAUGCGCGAUUCAGGGAUUCAGACAAUAGACCCCAGUGUCGAUCCAGCAGACAUUGAUGCCAGUGAACAGCUCGUCAUUAAGAGACCUAGGAAGAAGAUGAAAUGGAUCCCAAGUAGCAAUCCACUUCCGCAGCCAUUCAAAGAGCAGUUAGCUAUUAUGAAGGUUGAAAAUCACAAACCUGAAAAGCCGAAGCCAGUGCGCAGGAAAACAGCAACUGAUAGCCUUAUCGCUCCUCUGAUAGAUUCCACUUCAAAAACCUCACAGCAAUCAUCAUCUCAUAAAACUGAGUCAAACACCAUCUCCAGCACAGGCAAUGAGAAAAAACAUAUACGGCACUUUUCACUGGACGUUCACCCAUAUAUACUUAGCAGUAAAAAACCCAAGCCAGAGAUUCAAGCCAUUGCCUCAAUGCCUACAUCCAAAAGCCAAGAGGGUGGAUUUUUAAACCAAGAGGAAAAUGUCGUAGUUCAUGUCACCUCUUCUCUCAAAGUCAUCCCACAUCAUGAGAAAGAGAUUCCAUACUCAUCUGAGACAUGCAGAACUGCCCCUGCUGCUGGGACUUACCUCUCCUGUAAUCACAAUCAUAUAGCAACAACUACUGCUGCUGCAACAAAUACAACCCCGAGCCAUGUCAAACUAGAACCAACAGCUGCACUGAAUCGUAAUCCUACUCACCCUCUGCUGAACGUCAAUACACUGUAUGAAGAUCACGAGGAAGAGGUUUCCAACCUUACAGACAACAGUAUUCAUUCACCAACCGAUGCAGGGGAAAUACUCUCCAUACCUACCCCAAAGCACAUAAUGAUGGCAACAUUUGAAGAACCAAGGGCAAUAGUGAGUUCUGUGGAGUACUAAAGAUAUAGUGCUGCAUGGAUAUAACCUAAUGAUUAGGUCCAGUACCACUGUAAUGGAACCCUCAACAAUGCAAUUCACUGCAUGAGCAUGGAGAGUUUUAAUACAGACCAUAAGCUUUGGUAAUACCACAAAUUGAUUUUUCAGGAUAGCAUCAUCACCACUGUCACUAGUUUGCAAAAUAGAAUAAUAAAAAAAAAAUCGGAUGAAAGUACACCUUUACCUCCAAGAGCACCCAAGCACAAAAAGUUAGCUGUAGCUUCAUCAAAAAAAAUGGAUCAAUACAACUUUUGAAACACUAAAAGAGUUUGAUGGCAUAUCACAGUGGUUUUUACAGAGCACUUAUAUCCUUUGUAUUUACAAUGGCUAAUUAAAGUUAAAUAGAUAUU